GCCUCCAACGUCUUCAACGAUGUGAUGGAGCUGGACUCAGGAAACGGAAACAUCACCAUCCUGAAAGGCAUUGCUGGCCGCAGCAACAUCGGCUUACUGUCCCUCUUUGAGCAUUAUGACGUCUGCCAGGUGGGCUGUUACCUGAAGACCCCCCGGUUUCCAAUUUGGGUGGUGUGCAGUGAGAGCCACUUCAGCGUCCUCUUCUGCUUGCGGAAGGAUUUGCUGGGGGAUUGGAGGACGGAGCGGCGGUUCGACCUCUAUUAUUACGACGGUUUAGCCAAUCAGCAAGAGGAGAUCCGCCUAACCAUCGGUAGGAGAUAAAAAAAAAACCUUUCAAGAAAGAUGGACCAGGUCCAGGGAGUGUCGAACAUGUGACCAAUCUAGCCUUUCCUGUGUUCUUGGCAGGUCAUAAUCCAUAAUUUUCUUCCUCCUUAUCACUUACAGCAGUGGUUCCCAAACUUGGCAACUUUAAGACUUGUGGACUUCA